AUGGAACACGCGCGACCGCCGGCGGAAUUGUGUUUGGAAGGAGGUCCAUCUAAUCGGGCUGAUACGUGGCGCAAGUGGUUACGUCAGUUUCGAGUUUUCUUGAAAGCAUCAGGAGUUCAUAAAGAGGCCAGUGAUGUACAAGCUAGUUUGUUAAUUAAUUUAGUGGGAUCAGAGGGAUAUGAUAUUUACACUACAUUCAAGUUUAAUUCCGAGGAUGAGAAAGAAAAUAUAGAAAAAGUAAUCGAAAAAUUUGAUAAUCAUUUUGGGACAAAAACGAAUACGACUAUGGUGCGGUUUAAAUUCUUCACAAGAUGUCAAGAAGUCGGUGAGAGUAUCGACGAUUACGUCACUGCACUCAAACUACUAAGCCAGCGCUGCGAGUUUGAACAACUAGAGGAUAGCUUACUGCGGGAUCGAAUCGUGUGCGGUAUCAUAGAUAUUCCAGUACGAGAUCGGUUGCUACGCACAGAUGACUUAACACUAGAAAAAGCAAUAAAAAUUUGUCAAGCCAAUGAAAUGUCUAACGACGGCGAGAAACAGAUCGAGGGGAUAAAAAAUGAAACCCUAAAAUGUUCAUCAGUGAGCAGCACUCGAAGAGGGCGACCGGAUAUGCGUCGCGGAACGAGGGACGCGAGUCGCAGGCACUCGCCCCGCCGCUGGCGCGCCGCGGCGGGCGACGGCCGCGGCCGAGCCGCCGCCGGAGCGAGCGGCGGGCCGGCUGCGUGGACAGCGCCGGCCGCGAGGUCCUGCGACGCUUGCGGCUCCACUCACUGUGACGGAAGUGAUCGUUGUGUGGCGCGUAAAGUGAAGUGCUUCAUAUGUGGUGGCAAGGGUCAUUACAAAGUUAUGUGUCCGACGCGUAGGUAUAAAAAAGUGUAUGAACUCAGUGAUAAUCCUUCGGAUUACAGUGGCAGUGAAAAUGACUUGUAUUAUAUUUCGUCUGUUGAAAGCAUCGACGCAAUAGUACAAAGCGAGGAUUCCAAAUGGUAUGAAACUCUUUAUUUAUCCCAGACUGGCAGUGGACAUCGUUUUAAACUAGAUACCGGGUCCGACUUAAAUUUGUUAUCAAGAAAUAACUAUUCUAAAUUAGGUUUGUCUUUGUCAAAUAUUCUACCUGACAAUACGCGUGCCAGGUCGGUUUGUGGUAGUUACUUAUCUAUAAUGGGUUGUUGCACAAUUGAUUGGGUAUAUAAAGGUACUGAACACAAAUUGAAAUUUAUAAUAUCGGACCAAACGUGUCAAAGUAUUUUGGGAAAACAUGCUGUAGAAAAAAUAGGUUUAAUUAAAAGAGUAUAUUCUUUAGACAUAAAUAAAUAUUAUGAGUUGUUUCAUGGAUUAGGUAAAUUGCCUGGUACGUAUUCUAUUCCAAUUGAGAGUGAUGCGAACCCUUGCAUUUGCCCUGUUAGAAAAAUACCACUAGGAGUGAGAGACCAACUUAGAGAGGAAUUGGAUCGCAUGGAAAAUUUGGGUGUAAUACGGAAGGUAUACCAUCCCACUUCGUGGGUUAAUGGUAUAGUCAUAGCAGCAAAAAAAGAUGGCAGCAUCAGGGUGUGCCUUGACCCGCGACCUCUAAAUCGUGUCAUAAAACGACAACAUUAUCCUUUACCCACCCUCACUGAAAUAGCCACCAAGUUAAAUGGUGCGCGGUAUUUCAGUAAAUUGGAUGCUAAAUCGGGGUUCUGGAUGAUUCAACUAGAUGACAGUAGCGCUGACUUGUGCACAUUCGGUACACCGUUCGGCAGGUAUCAGUAUAUGCGUCUGCCGUAUGGUAUAAAUUCUGCGUCUGAAAUAUUUCACGCCAGAGUGCGGCAGCUGCUGGAAGACCUAAUCGGUGUAGAUUCAUUUAUUGAUGACGUCAUACACCACUAA